UCUUCUAACUUUUCUCACAAAUUCAACCUUCAAACUCAAGAGAACUAUAGGGCUAUAAAAAUCGGCUUCAUUCCGUUCAAAUUUGCUUUGAAGUCGAGAUUCCAUCAUCAAGAAAAAAUGGCAAAGGGACCUGUGUCAAAGAGAGGUGGAAGAGGAAGAGAUAAAUCUCCUUCCAAAAAAUCUAGCAAAAGAAUUAAGACAUCUCAGGAGGAUGAGCUACAAAAAUCAAUUGUAGCUGAAGUGGAAGCCAAACCUCUUCAGGUAGUAGAAGGAGGGAAUGAUGGAGAAGAAGAAAAAGAGAACGAAAAUGAAGAGCAAAUUGAGAAAGAAAAUAAAGAGGAAACAGAGAAUGUAAUAGGAGGGAAUGCUAGAGAAGCGGAAACAGAGAAAGAAAAAGAAGAGGAAACAGAAAAGGAAGAAGAAGAGGAAACAAGAAAAGUAAGAGAAGAAAAGACAAAUGUUGAUGAAAAAGAAUCAAAAGAGGAGACAACAACUGAUGAAAGAGAAGAGGAGACAGAUAUUGAUGAUGAAGCAUCGUAGCAAAUACUGAAGAAGAAGAAGAAGAAGAUGAUGAUGAUGAUGAUGAUGAUGAUGAUGGAGGAGGAGGAGGAGGAGGAUCUCUCUGGAUGUUUGAAAUAUCUCUCUGGAUGUUUAAAGUUUCUUUCUGGUUUGAAAUAUUUCAUAGUAUGUUUCACUAAACAUGACUAUAAAGAGAUCUUUUUAAUUAUAAAAUUAA